UUUACAUUUGCCUCUUCAUUGUUAACAUAUAAAAUAGCCAGAUGUUAUUAUGUAGUUGCUAUCUUGAACUCAGAAAAAAUAGGAAGAAGGCUUCAUGGGUUCCAUACAAAAGAAACCACAUGCCUUGUGCUUACCAGCCCCAGCACAAGGCCAUAUUAACCCCAUGCUAAAAGUUGCUAAGAUCUCCACUCCAAAGGCUUUCAUAUAACCUUCGUUAACACCGAGUUCAACCAUCAACGACUCGUCAAAUCUCAGGGCUCCGACGCCCUAAAUGGCCUCCCUUCCUUCUGCUUCGAGACCAUUCCUGAUGGCCUUCCGCCGCCACAGAACCCGAUGAAACCCAAGUUUUCCCAACCUUAUGGAAAUCCAUGGAUGAAACUUGUCUGGCUCCGUUUAAAAGUCUGCUUACGAAAUUGAAUGCUUCAUCUUCACCGGUGACUUGCAUAGUUGCAGACUUAUUCAUGGGCUUCACCCUCGAUGCAGCCAAAGAACUUGAUAUCCCCGAGAUAGUCCUAUGGACCAGCGGUGUUAGUGCUCUAAUGUGUGUUCAUGAGCAGAACAAUCUAUUGGAGAGAGGUUUGGUGCCACGUGAAGCGUCCAGUGUAUUAGCAAAUGAUCAUUUAGAUACCAUGAUUGAUUGUGUACCAACCAUGUCUGGUAUGCGUCUAAAACACUUGCCUUCAUUCGUUAGAAAGACCAGCCCUGGUGAUGAAUACAUGCUUGAAGGUUUAUGUUUACAAGCAGAGAGAGCAAAAAGAGCUUCUGCCAUCAUCUUCAACACCUUUUAUGAACUAGAAAGCGACCUUUUGGAUGCGCUUUCUUCAGUCUUUCCUCCAUGCUACGGUGUUGGUCCGUUUAAGUUACUAGAGAAGGAAAGUGAUGAAUCUGUAGAGUUCAUCAAAUCAAAUCUUUGGAAAGAAGAGAACACCUGUUUGAAAUGGCUAGAAUCUAAACCAAAAUCAUCGGUUAUUUAUGUGAAUUUUGGUAGCACAACAGUGAUGUCACAUCAAUAUCUGCUUGAGUUCUGUUGGGGACUUGCAAAGAGCAAUUGUCCGUUCUUAUGGAUAAUACGUCCAGAUCUUGUGGAUGGCAAAUCUGCCGUGCUUCCACCAGAGUUUUUGGAAGAGACAAGCAGCAGAGGGAUGUUGGCUAGUUGGUGCCCACAAGAACAAGUUCUAUAUCACCCAUCAAUUGGAGGAUUUCUAACGCACAGUGGAUGGAAUUCGACAAUUGAAAGUAUUUCCAGUGGAGUCCCAAUGAUUUGUUGGCCGUUUUUUGCUGACCAACUAACCAACUGCUGGUGGUGUUGCAACAAGUGGGAGAUUGGCAUGGAGCUUGACACUGAUGUAAAGAGAGAAGAAGUUUCCAAGCUAGUCAUUGAAUUGAUGAAUGGAGACAAAGGGAAAGAAAUGAGGACAAAUGCAAUCGACUUGAAGUACAAGGCCCAAAAAGCAUGUACCUCUCCUUUUGGUUCAUCCAUUGUUAACUUGGGGAAAGUAAUUCAUCUCCUACAAGGAUCUCCAAGUAAUUAA